CGAAGCCGGAGUCUCAGGGAAGCAGGGCCAAGAGGAAGCCGGGCGCGGCGGCGGGGGACGCGGAGGGCGCCGUGCUGUCGCCCAGCCAGAAGCCGCACGUCUGCGACCACUGCAGCGCCGCGUUCCGCAGCUCCUACCACCUGCGGCGGCACGUCCUCAUCCACACCGGCGAGCGGCCCUUCCAGUGCGGCCAGUGCAGCAUGGCCUUCAGCCAGAAGUACCUGCUGCAGCGGCACGAGAAGAUCCACAGCCACGAGAAGCCCUUCGGCUGCGACCAGUGCAGCAUGAAGUUCAUCCAGAAGUACCACAUGGAGAGGCACAAGCGGACGCACAGCGGAGAAAAGCCACACAAGUGUGACACUUGCCAGCAGUAUUUCUCAAGGACGGACCAGCUGCUGAAGCACAGGCGCAGGUGCGGCGAGGCCCUGGCGAAGGGGGCGCCCGGCGCGGAGCCGGGGUCGUCCGGCAGCCACGGCGGCGUGGGCAGCCUGGCCGCGUUGUCUCAGGGAAGCACGAGUUCCUCCAGGAGGAAAGCCAAGUCCAAGGGCCUGGCCGUGGAAAACAAGGAGCCCAAGACCGGGAAAGCCAGUGAGUCCCACGUGCCGAGCAGCAUAAACAUGCAGACGUACUCGGUGGAGAUGCCCGCCGUGUCCUCCGGUGGGGGCAUCCUCGGCUCCGGCCUGGACGAGCUCCAGAAGAGGGUGCCCAAACUCAUCUUCAAGAAGGGCAGCAGGAAGAGUACCGACAAAAACGACCUGAAUUUUGUGUCGCCGCUACCAGACAUCGUGGGACAGAAGCCCUUGUCCGGGAAACCAGGUGGCUCCCUUGGCAUCGUGUCAAACAACAGCGUGGAGACCAUCAGCCUUCUCCAGGGUGCAGGUGGCAAGCAAGGUCAGAUAGGCAGCAGCUACGAUGAUGCCAUGCAAUUCUCUAAGAAGAGAAGGUACUUACCCACCGCCAGCAGCAACAGUGCCUUUUCCGUGAACGUGGGACACAUGGUCUCCCAGCAGUCCGUCAUUCAGUCCGCGGGCGUCGGCGUCUUGGACAGUGAGGCCCUGUUGUCCCUUAUGGACUCCCCGGCCCUGAAUGCGGACAUUAAGUCUUGUCACGACAAGUCGGGAAUUCCUGAUGAGGUUUUACAGAGUAUUUUGGAUCAGUACUCCAGCAAGUCGGAGAGCCAGAAGGAGGAUCCUUUCAGCAUAGCAGAACCACGUGUGGAUCUGCACGCCUCAGGAGAACACUCAGAACUGGUUCAGGAAGAGAAUUUGAGCCCCGGCACCCAGACUCCUUCGAAUGACAAGGCGAGCAUGUUGCAAGAAUACUCCAAAUACCUCCAGCAGGCUUUUGAGAAAUCCACGAAUGCAGGUUUUACUCUGGGACACGGUUUCCAGUUUGUCAGUCUGUCCUCACCUCUCCACAGCCACACUUUAUUUCCGGAAAAACAGAUAUACACUACAUCUCCUUUGGAGUGUGGUUUCGGCCAGUCUGUUACCUCAGUGUUGCCAUCUUCGUUGCCAAAGCCUCCUUUUGGGAUGUUGUUUGGGUCUCAGCCAGGUCUUUAUUUAUCUGCUUUGGAUGCCACACAUCAGCAGUUGACACCUUCCCAGGAGCUGGAUGACCUGAUAGAUUCUCAGAAGAACCUAGAGACUUCUUCAGCCUUCCAGUCCUCAUCUCAGAAACUGACUAGCCAGAAGGAACAACAGAAGAACUUAGAGUCCUCAGCAAGCUUUCAGAUUCCAUCUCAGGAGUUAGCUAGCCAGAUAGAGCCUCAGAAGGACGUAGAGCCUAGAACGACGUACCAGAUUGAGAACUCCGCGCAAGCGUUUGGCUCUCAGUUCAAGUCGGGCAGCAGGGUGCCAAUGACCUUUGUCACUAACUCUAACGGAGAAGUGGACCAUAGAGCAAGGACUUCAGUGUCAGAUUUCUCAGGGUACACAGACAUGAUGUCCGACGUUAGUGAGCCGUGCAGUGCCAGAGUAAAGACCCCCACCAGCCAGAGCUACAGGUGAGGUCCCAAGAGUGACCGGGCUGCAGGUCUUCUGAUGGAAUUUCUGUUUUCUUUUGAGAACACUGCCAUUGGAAUGUUUCUACACGAUCCUGUUAAGAAUAAUGUAAUGCCCUUUCAAUGCAACUUUUCAUAUUUAGUUUAUUUUGUUAGAGUGAUUUUAGCUCUGUUUCUAUUGAUUUUUAAUCAAAAUCAAUAGAUUAAAAUAGUUUGACAUUCGAAGUGACGAUGUUUAGCAAUCAAAUUUACAUGUAUAGAUCGUCAGGGAAUAGCCCAAAAGUUUUAAAGGCAAAAAAAAAAAAAGAAAGAAAAAAGAAAACCACCAAAAAAACUGUACAAAAACAAAACAAAACAAAACAAAAA